AUGACAAACAUUAAUGAUGACGACGACAAAGACCUGCUAACCAACAAAAAUAAUGACCCUUCAGAUUCAUUGCCUAGUUUACCAUCGUUUUCAUCAGCGUCAUCAUCAUUAGCAGAAGAGAAAGCAAAACAAGGAAACAGCUCAACAGACGGAUAUGAUUCUUCCUCAUCAUUUAUGCAAAGUAAUGUCUUGUCGAACGAGAAACCAUCUUCAAGUACAUCUCACGUGACGCCUCUAUAUCUUAAAAAUCUGCAUCGACAAAUAUCAAAAUGGGAUGACAAACAAAUAGUAUCACCAAGAAAAGAAUUUAACAACGAAAUAAUCGACGCGUAUAAAUCUAUGCUUGAUGUUUUAAAUAAACUGAGAUAA